AGAGUUGUUUGUGUCUCAGUCAUGGGGCACAGUCAAUGGAGGAACUUCCUCUUUAUUCAGGCUAUUGCUGCCCAUAUUUGUGUCUUGCGUCCUGCUGCUUCAGUUUCUGUUAGGUUUAAAAGCAACCAGUGCUACGGACAAGUUCAAAUCGGAGACAGUGAUUCGGAAACAUUCGAUGACGACAGAUGGGACUUCAACAACAGCGAAGUGCUUUGCAGAAACUCUAAUUGUGGGACAGCACUGAAGUCACAGGCGACACCCAUACCAAAAAACCCAGAUUUUUUGUGUACGGGAAAUGAAAAAUCUUUUAUUGAAUGUCAGCGCAACAAUAACAAGACCCAGAGCUCUGCCAAUAAGGCAGUUGUUGUCUGUUCAGAUGCCUUUUCACCGCCCAGAAUCUCACUGACCCUUCCUAAUGGGACGUCGAUUAACUCGUCGCAUGCAGAAAUCCCCAGGGGUUCCAGCUUCGCCAUCAAGUGCACGGUUGACUCAAUUCCCGACAAAUCGAAGACUUUUUCCCUUAAAUAUAUUGGCAAUUCUACAAACAUAACCGAAUUAAAGAGCAACCGAACAGCUUCCUUUAACAUUUCCGUGGCUGAUUAUAAUAACGAGGGCAACUAUAGCUGUACAUAUGAGGUGAACCUGAAUGAAAUAUACAAGUCUGAUGAGUCAGGGUGGAUUCAUGUCAUUGUGAGAGAUCCAUGGUGGGAACUGCUGCUUUACAUAUUGCCUGCCGGGGUCCUGGUGCUUCUCCUGAUGGUUUUGCUGGUUGCCUGCCUAGUCUGCAGAAGAAGAAAACGGGCUGAAAAGCCAAGUGGUGUGGUCUUAAAUCAAGUGACUGUUAGAAACAGUUGCAUAGACGACGAGGAAGAGGAAGAGGGGGACUAUGUAAACGUUGAGCCGGUGGAGACCAACAGUCUGGGAACUGAGGAAAUGGACGAGAAGGACAAUGAUUCACACGACUAUGAAGACCCUGAACAGGAUAAAAGUGACAGCAGUGAUGAUGAGCAUGAUUAUGAAGAUCCCAGUGUGGGUCCUGUUGCUCCAGUGGACGUCACAAAAGAACAGAGUGAGGAAGAGGACAGCAGUGAUGAGCAUGAUUAUGAAAAUCCCAAUGUGGGUCCUGUUGCUCCAGCGGACGCCACAAAAGAACAGAGUGAGGAAGAGGACAGCAGUGACGACGGGGAGGACUAUGUCAACUUAGUGGAGCAAACUGUGGAUAUAUACGGAGAAGAACUGGAUAUUUAUCAAAACCUUUAGACAGUACGCACUGCAAGAAAACACAAAAUCUUACACAGUAUGUUUUUUUUGCGUAGUUUCUAGUGCAAAUAUCUUUGCAAAAUU